AUGCCGCUGGUCAAACGAAAACCCGUCGAGCCCUUCCCACCUCCCACCGCCACAGGCUCCGAAGAUCCUGAUGUCUUCUAUCUCGCUGCCACCGGUGAGGUUUUUGCCGACUUUGAAACCUACUCAAAUCGCCUCAGCUUCUACAACCAAAAGAUUUUUCAAUGCGAGCUUACCGGCAAAAUCAACCUGACCUACUUUGAGGCGCUCAAGAGCGAACGCAAGGAGGCCAUCGCGCUCCACAAGAUCUUCCCAGAACAGCUCAAGGCUCCUGUUCUCAAGGCGGUCCAAUUCCAAAUCACCGGCCGCAUUGACGAGCUCGUCGAUCGCGUAUAUGAUCGCUUCAAGGACCGCUUCUUCCCCGGCGAGACUGUCUACUUUGAUCUCGAUGGCGACAAAUACUUUGCUCGCAUGACCAAGGUCGACCCACCCGCCAACUCAGUUGCUGUGUCCAAAACAGACGACCUUGAUCAUGUCAAGCUAGAACCCAACGGUCACGCCCAUUCUUCCUCGUCGACCCAACGAGCCUUCCCCUCUUCCACCCCCAUCCACUCUAUCGGCACCAACUUGAGCAUUGAAUUUGAGCAAGGCGUGCAACUCGACAAUCCAGCGCAGUACGUCUAUACGGUUGACCUGAUCGAUGACGAGGAUGAGCCUACAGGCGGCACCCACAUCACUUCAUCCGAAAAGCUCAGCCGCGAUCGUCUUGCCUUCUCAAAGACCAUCCUCCGCAAGUACCUGCGCGACUGCAUCCUUCGCGCAGCCAACAUUGGCGCAGAAUGGAGAGUCAAGGAAUGGCUCGCCGUCAAAUACGGUAUCCCUCUCGAGCCCACGGACGAGAUCAUGGAAAAGAACGAGGCUCUCAAAGAUGCUAAGCUUUCUAAACGUAAAAAGUAUCUGCUCACAGACGCAGAGGAUUCAUCGGCCUCAACAAGCAAGAAGCCCAAAGCAGAGGGCAAGAAACUCAGCGCCGCAGCACAGCGCAAAGCUGACGAGGCCGAAAAAGCCGCCUUAGAAAAGGCGAAAGAGGAAGAGAGGCUCCGCAAGAAGAAUCUCAAGUAUCCCAUCGAGGAUCUCGAGCUCGAUCCCAUCACCAGGCGUGAGCUUCUGUUCAAGAUGCCGGGCGAGCUCGAACGACGCAAGGAGCGGCCACUCCCGGCUCGUGGCGAACACGCACUGCCAGUGCCUGAGGAGCUGUUUGAGGCCUUCCUCGGCACGUAUUACUUUCUCAUAUCCAAAGGCAAGCCGCUUCUCCUCUCGCCUUUCACCAUGGACGACUACGAGCAGGCGCUUCAUCACCGGCUGUCGGAUCCACCGUGUACGCUCAUCAACGAGAUUCACCGGACGUUGAUCAAUCUCAUUGUCCGCGAUGGAGGUUCCAGUCUGGUCGCCCAAGGCUCGGCGCUCGUUGCCAGCCUUGAUGAUGCUGCGUCCGCCCCGCCCAGCACCAACGGCGAUGCAGACGAUCAAGCUGCAAGCGAAGCCGGCUCUGAUGUCGACGAACUCGACCCCACCCCCAACGGCGCUCCAACCAAUGGCAACGGAAACGGUGCUAGCAACCAUGCGGACGCUGAAGCCAUCACCGGCCUGCUCGAAGCGGCGCACCAACUCAGCAAAGGAUGGGAGAAGCUCAUCAUCCGCCCCGACAACCGUCGCGAGCGAUGGGAGAACAGUCUGAUUGGCCUCAUCGCUGCUCGUGCUACGUCGGACUUGCUUCCACGCAGGAUCGGCAUUCUCUCCCAUCUUACCGCAGUCGAGCAUGCUGAAGGCUACAUUGACGGAAAGUUCGAGGCCGAAUUGUACGACACUCCUUCGCAGAGGUAUCCGCUCUUGACCCUGGCUGACAAGCUGCAGAUACUUGAUUUCCUGUGCAUCCUGGCUGUCGAGACGAAACCGGUCAAAGCGUUUUACGACGAGUGCGAAGCUCAACUGACCGAGCUCAGGAAGGAAAAGAUCGAGGUGAGCCGAAGCAAGAAGGAAUUAGCGAAUGCAUGGGGAGAAUUCGAAGGCAGCAAGAAAGAGGACAAGGAGGGGGACGAGCAAGAGGGAGAGGAUAGAGUAGAAGAAGAAGAGAAGGACGAGGAAGAGGGUGAGGACGAGGAAGGAGUGGAUGGUGUAGAGGACGAGGAAGAGGAAGAGGAAGAAGAGGAAGAAGACGAACUGGCUUCCGACUCUGACACGCGAUCGACACGAGAAGAUUCGAGCUUCUCGGACAGCGGGCGAGGCGGACGCGGUGGCGGAUCGCGUCAAGAAAUCUUGCGUCAGAAAGCGAUUGAGAAGCAGGCGCGGGAAGCGGCACGUCGAUUGGAAGAAGCCAAAGCGCGCGAGGCGCACAGAGCGAAGCUUGCUGAGAACAAGAUUCUCGCUGCGCAACGAAAGAAGCUCGAAGAAGAGGAGAGCAAGCUGGCUCGACGAGACGAGACGAUCGAUCGCGAGUUCCGACGACUGAUUCUUGCGUCACGCAUGACGCCGUUGGGACGCGAUCGGUUCGGCGAUAAGUACUGGUGGUUUGACGGGGUCGGUUCAUGCUCGCUGGUGACUGGAUCGGAGAAAGCUACAUACCAGACCGGUCGACUGUUCAUUCAAGGAGCCAGUGUGGACGAAGUAUCGCUGCUUAUCCCUGAUCCUCCAACGACGCCCGUCAAGACGUCGGCGUAUGCGCACCUCUUGCACCCACCCAUCAGCGCCGAGCUGAUCGCCACGCGGCGUGCAGCCGAACUCGGCGGGCCGGACGGUACGCUCCUCCCCAACGAAUGGGCGGUCUACAGCGACCCGGAACGCGUCGAGCAAUUCUACGCCUGGCUUCGCCCCAAAGGUCACCGCGAACACCAACUCAAACAGCAGCUCGGCAGACUCAAGCAUUACAUCGAAACUGGCAUGAAGAAGCGCAAUGCCGACCUGACCGCACAUCUAAAAGACCUCCCAGACGCCGUCAGGCGCAGCGCUAGAAGUAUCAAGGAUCACGCUGCUGCAAACGCCACCACCAGGUUGGGCUACAUGGCUUGGAAGAACUCCUUGGAAAAGGCAAAGUGA